AUGGAUCCCCCGAUAAAGAAUAGUUCACAAAGACAGGGGCGAAUUUGUCAUCAUCAAGUACAAGCUGAAAGAAACCUGCGUUUUAGUGAAAAUUUGCAGAUUGAAAUAGAGAUAAAACAUUUAAAGGUUAAAUUAUCUGCUGCUUCCGUUUUCGCUCCCAUCAAGAGAAGUGUUGUCCUUGUCGCUGGUUCUGUUGCCUUCGCGUUUAGUGAUUCUUAUCUCACUUCGUCCCUUGUUUGUGUGCUUUGCUUUGGUGCGUUAUUUGGUGAUCUUGUUUAUCCAUGGGUCGCUUAUCUUGUCAAUCGUCCUGUGUGCUUUUUUAUAUCAGCAAAUGAUUAG